UCAUACCAAUGGGAAAUCGAAUCUAUAUGCCCUAUGAUAUACGAAGAAGCAAAAGGAUGGGCAUUAGAAUUAGAAGAAAUUGAUGUUGAAAGUAAAGAAAUCAUUGGAUUAAAUGUUGAUAAGGCUGAUGACAAUGAUUUGGAUGGAGGCUAUAAGGCGCUCAAUGAUAUAAUAAAUGAAUAUUCCAGUAAUAGUGAGAACCAGAAAUGUGGAAUAAAUGAAAAUUGUCAAAAUAAACCUAAUAAA